GUGGGUUUCAAGAUAUUUUCUUCCUUAACACCCCCCACCCCCCACCCCCAAUUUUCUUUCCAUCAAAUCCCCUAUAUUUGUUCUUUCAAGUUUUGUUCUUGAUACCCUAAUUCCCAAUCUUGAAACUACACUAACUUGAUCCACUUUUUUUUUUUCUUUUCUUUUCAGUUAUUCCCUUUCAAGUGUUUGCUAAAAGAAAGUGUGAAAGAAAGUAAAGCAGGAUUCUUGUGGUGUAGUGAAACAUACUUUUUUAUCCAUCUGUCCAGCUCACAGGGGAUAAAAAAAAAGCUCUUUUUUUUACAUAAAAAAAACUAUGUUAUUUAACUUAUUUUGAGAGAUUUGCCCAUUAUCCCUACUUUCAAGUCCCAAGAUUGUUAAUUUCCAUAUGGGGUUUUUGUGUUAAAUCAAAAGCCAUAAGCUUUUUCUACAAGGGUCUUGAUUUACACAAAAAAAAGUCCCAAGAUUGUUAAUUUACAUAUGGGUUUUUUGUGUUAAAUCAAAAGCAAGAAGCUUUUUCUGUAAGGGUCUUGAUUUAUACAAAAAAAAGUCCCAAGAUUGUUAAUUUACAUAUGGGUUUUUUGUGUUAAAUCAAAAGGCAUAAGCUUUUUCUAUAAGGGUCUUGAUUUAUACAAAAAAAAGUCCCAAGAUUGUUAAUUUACAUAUGGGUUUUUUGUGUUAAAUCAAAAGCAAGAAGCUUUUUCUAUAAGGGUCUUGAUUUAUACAAAAAAAGUCCCAAGAUUGUUAAUUUACAUAUGGGUUUUUUGUGUUAAAUCAAAAGCCAUAAGCUUUUUCUAUAAGGGUCUUGAUUUAUACAAAAAAAGUCCCAAGAUUGUUAAUUUACAUAUGGGUUUUUUGUGUUAAAUCAAAAGCAAGAAGCUUUUUCUAUAAGGGUCUUGGUUUAUACACCAAAAAAAAAAAAAAAAAAAAUCUGAUGUGGGGUAUUUUGAAAAAGGGGACUUUGAUGGUGUUUGAGGGGGUUUGUUUGAGUUUGAUUCAGAUUAGUGGGUUUUUAUUGUAUAGUUCAGAUUUGUUUUUGUGUGUUAUGUGUGUAUUAUCAUAGGAUUUCAAAAGGGUUUUGCUUUUUUUUUUUUUUUUUUUCCUAUUUUAGAUUUUGGAAUAGUCUUUAUGAUGAAUUUCUAGGUUUUUGAUGAUUUGGAGUAAAUCUGAGUUGGGAUUUUAGGGUUUUUUUUUUUUUUUUUUUUUUUUUUUUUUUUUUUUUUUAAUUUGAGACAUGAUCAAGCAAAUUCUCAGUAAAGUUUCCAGGAAACAAUCAAAAUCUUCCAAAAAUCAAGAAUCUUCAGGUACCCAAAACCCUAAUUUCACCUCUGCAAGUUCAAAAAGAAGUGAUUUAGCAAGUGGGAAUUCAAGAAAGCUUGUGAAUUCCGAUAUUUCGGCCCCGUUAAACACCCGAUUCAAUCCAAACGAAUCGAAAUUUCGUAAUGGCGGUCCUGUAAGUGUUUCUUAUGAAUCUUUACCAAGUUUUCGAGAUGUACCGAGCUCCGAAAAACAGAAUUUGUUCAUAAAGAAAGUGAUUAUGUGCUCUGUGAUCUUCGAUUUCAAUGACCCGACGAAACACCUCAAAGAAAAAGAGAUAAAGCGACAAACUUUAUUAGAACUAGUCGAUUUUGUGGCGUCUAGUAAUGUUAAGUUCACAGAAUCUGUUAUGCAAGAGUUUGUGAAAAUGGUUUCUGCGAAUUUGUUUAGAGAGUUAACGCCUCAACCGCGCGACUGCAAAGUGUUGGAAUCUUACGACGUCGAAGAAGAAGAACCGUCAAUGGAUCCGUCAUGGCCCCAUUUGCAAAUCGUAUACGAGCUUUUACUUAGGUUUAUCGCAUCACCAGAAGCCGAUGCAAAAGUGGCAAAAAAGUUCAUCGAUCAUUACUUCGUUCUCAAGUUGUUAGAUUUGUUUGAUUCCGAAGAUCCUAGAGAACGCGAGUACUUAAAGACGAUUCUUCACAGGGUUUACGGUAAAUUCAUGGUUCAUCGUCCGUUUAUUCGGAAGUCUAUGAACAAUAUCUUUUACAGGUUUGUUUUAGAGACCGAGAAACAUAACGGGAUUGCUGAACUUUUGGAGAUUUUAGGGAGUAUUGUUAAUGGGUUUGCUUUGCCGUUGAAGGAAGAACACAAAUUGUUUCUUUCUAGGGCUUUGAUCCCGUUGCAUAAACCGAAAUGUUUAGCGAUGUAUCAUCAGCAGUUAUCGUAUUGUAUUACGCAAUUUGUUGAAAAAGAUUGCAAAUUGGCUGAUAUGGUGAUAAGGGGUUUACUGAAGUAUUGGCCGGUUACCAACAGUUCGAAAGAAAUCAUGUUUUUAGGCGAGUUGGAGGAGGUUCUAGAAACGACACAACAACCGGAGUUUCAUCGGUGUAUGGUGCCUUUAUUCAAGCAAAUCGCCCGUUGCUUGAACAGUUUGCAUUUUCAGGUGGCAGAAAGAGCACUUUUCUUUUGGAACAACGAUCACAUCGAGAGUUUGAUCAGGCAAAACCGCAAGGUAAUAUUACCAAUAAUCUUUCCUGCACUCGAAAGAAACGGGAGGUACCAUUGGAAUCAAGCGGUGCAUAGUUUGACCUUAAACGUUCGGAAAAUCUUCUUUGACCUUGACGCUGAUUUGUUCAACGAGUGUUUACUCAAUUUUCAAGAAGAAGAGGCGAAGGAAGAAAAAAUCAAAGCUCGACGUGAAUCCACGUGGAAACGAUUAGAAGAAAUCGCUGUGGAUAAAGUUUCGAGUAAUGAAGCUGUUCUUGUGAAUUAGGAGUCGGGUUUGUCUAGAAAUCGGUUAAAGAUUCAAGCUUUUGUAAUUCCAUUUACAAAAGCUACAAAGUUGAUGUAAAUUUCUGUUGGUUGUUAUGUUGUAGGGUGACAAUUUGUUAAAUUUAGUAAGAUAAACUAGCUAAAGAAAUGCAUUUUGAGCAAGUUACAAGCUUUUUUUUGCUA